AUGGCGUGUCCAGUACUUAGAUUUCUUCUAAGCACCAACUCAUCAUCUCCCUUAACUUCACCGCCACCGUCAUCGGAUCAUGUGUCAAUGGAGCCAGACUACGUCAUUAUCAUAGCAGCGCUACUCUGUGCACUGAUGUGCAUCAUAGGACUCAGCGCAACAGUUCGGUUCGUUUGGCAACACCGGGCCCGGCAAGGAGCUACCGGAGGUCAGUCAGCUGCGUUGGCAGCGGCGAAUAAAGGAUUUAAGAAGAAAGUGUUGCAGUCAUUGCCCAAUUUCAGUUUUGACCCUUCGGCAGCGACUGCAACUAGUUCGGCGGCGCUGUGUGCUAUAUGUCUGACGGACUAUACAGACGGAGAUGAGAUUAAGGUUCUGCCACAGUGUGGACAUAGGUUUCAUGUUGAGUGUGUUGACACGUGGCUGGGUUCACACUCGUCGUGUCCGUCUUGCCGUCAGAUACUCGUAGCUAGUCAGUGCCGGAAGUGCUGCGACUUCCCUGCAGUUUCCGGUCUACCAGGCAUGUCAGACUCCCAUUCUGUCAAUUUUCAAGUUGAGUCAAGCCAUCACGAGCACAACGAUGAGGGCGUACCUAACAACAACGUACCCCCAGUUAAUCCUGACCAGGUAGGGUCAUUGGUGGGAAACGUGCCGGCCGGUGGGGAUAAUGGAUCCAUGCUGCAACAACUCCAAAACCAGUUGGACAUGGAUAUAGCCCAACUACAUGCCCAGCAAGAGAUCAUAGGAUAA